AUGGGCUUCAUGCUGGGAAAGAGACAAACAAACACCGACGGUUUCGUUAACAAUGACAAUGACGACGAUGACACGUGGGGCUAUUCUACUACAGGAGUAGCCAUCAAAUGGGCCGUCGUUGGCGCUCUUCUCAUACUACUCGUACUAUGGCUUGUCUUGGGACGCAUGCACGCUCAACGAAGGAUGAGGCGAGGUCAGCGUCCGUUGAUAUACCACAGAGUAUGUCUCUACGAACCUCUCACAUUCUACAUGCUGAGUUUCUACAGAUUCUGGUCCCCAGACCUCAAGGCGCUCGUUUCUAUCCACAACCUCGGUAUGCUUCCCACGGACCUGGCUGGGGCGGUGAAGGUUAUCAAAUGCAAGCGUAUCCUCCUCCAGUCUUUGAUUCACAGGAAUGAGGCUGACGGCAUAGCCUACAACACCGAUCAUGUACCACCGCCAGUCUAUCAACCUCCGGAUGGCGGCUCGAAGACCAAUCCUCAUCAAGAUUGGGCUGCUGUUCCACCUCCUGGUCCGCCACCUGGUCAUGAAGCUGGGGAAUCCUCGAGGACGGUGGAGACUGUGCCCUUGAAUCAAGAUGAGGCUGGGCAGGAAAAUACUACUGUGCAAUCACAUGUCCAGACAGAGAACCCAGGGCUGAUGUCGAGGUUGAACCCGUUCAAAUGA